AUGACACGACGACUUCCACCGAAUGAGCAUGGAACUCUGCAGUAUGAUGUGCGCUUCGAACCCGAGGGCGUUUCCUCAACGCGCCAUCUUGCCAGGAAGGUUCACGACUUCUUCGUCUUUGACUACAACCAGAAGCUACAAGAAUCUGGGCUGGCCGAAUGCUUCGAGCACACCAUCACCGACCAUCACCUGCUGUUUGCACGUGGUCACAACAAGGAUUGCUGGCCUGGCGGUACACCGGAGCGGAAGUCGGAGCCGAGGAUCAGGGCUUCGGGUGGUCCGGGAAGCCGACAUGGCCGGCGCCGCCCUGAGCGACAGAGAUGA